GAAAGAGUGCAGAGUGCAGCCAAAUAACUGUACAGUGCUGUAUGCAGAGUCGUGGAAAGGAGCCUUCAUCACGACCCUCAUCUUCUUGCUGCUGUGUGUUGCUGGACUUGCAGUGUAUGUUGUGCAUCGAAAAGGUCUUACUGGCUCCAAGAAAAAGAAGAGAGAAGAUGGAGAAAUAUCAGAAAUUCAACCACUGAACUCCAGUGUGGAGAAGCAGCAGAAUGAAGCUCCCACUGCAGAUGCACCUCAUCAGUCUGUGUUAAAAGGAGUAGAUGACCAUCAGUUUCCUGAACCAAAGGUGGACAGAGCACUCGCUGCAGCAGAGUGGGACCAGAUGAAAAGGUUUAAAGUGAACCUCUCCAUAGACCCAGAAGAAACUCCACAGUUCCUCAUGAUAACAAACCAGGGAAAGUCAGUAUGCUGCCCUGAUUUAGAAGAGGUAGAUAAUGAUGAUAAAAUCUUCACUUUGUGUAAAGAGAAGUUCAGCUCUGGAAAACAUUACUGGGAGGUGAAGGUGAUGGAGAGAAAUGAAGAUAAACUCUCGUGGUAUGUUGGAGUGGCGAGUGAUGAGGCUGAGAGAAUGUACAGGGUCCCUUUAACUCCAGCUAAUGGAUUCUGGGUUCUCUGUUAUGACAAAGAAUCUGAAGAGGACUGUGGAGUUUACAGUGUAAAUUUAUUAAUGCCACAACAGUUAAAAACAGUUACUAAAAAGUCUUCAACACUAGGAGUGUUUUUAGACUGUGAUGAACACACUGUGUCCUUUUAUGAUGCUGAUAGAAAAUCACUGAUGUACACUUUCACCAACAUGAAACCUGGUAGAUCACUGUAUCCUCUGAUCAGCCCCGGAAUAAGAGACAGAUUUCGCAUAACAGUCUGUUAGAAAACACAGACCUCAAGAACAGAUUUUAGUCAUCAUAACCUUAAUAUUAUUAUUUGAAAGAACAGUAAUAUGUAACAUUAUGACAAAACACUGUACUGUAUAAAACCGAACUGAAUACUGUAACACUGUAGUAUGUCAUUGUAAUCCUUCUCCUUUGCUUUGGCAUUUUACACUUUGACAUUGUUUUGAUAAUAUGUU